CUGAUGCAGUGUGUUCUUCAUUACAGUAGUGCGUGCAGUUAUACGGUGUCAGUUGGUCCCAUUAAAUCUGCGUAUAAAAUAUCUGAUAGUUAUAAAACUGCAGAGUCUGUGACUGAAUUUAUUGCCUGCAAAUUGUGAUUAUUUACGUUUAUACCAGUAACCAACAGCAAAGAUGAAGACUAAAUUCAUCAAUGGCGUCACUUCCUCGCCAUCAAUGUCUCUGGGUUUAUUGGUAAAUGAGAAUGUCCUCCAUGUCCAGCCAGACAUUGUGAACGACUGCAAAGACAUUAUUCGACCGGAUGAGCCCGACCACCAGACGAAGCAUAAGGCAUAUCUAUGGUGUAAAGAAUUCCUUCACGGAGCCUGGAAGUCCAUAGAUGAGGAUGAUUUCCAAAUCUCUGUUAUCAGGGGAGGUCUCAGCAACAAACUGUUCCGCUGCGCUUUGCCAGAGAAGCAACCAAGCUUUGGAGAUGAACCACGAAACGUGCUGCUUCGUCUGUAUGGAGAAAUUCUGCAGAUGUCCUGUAAUAAAACGGAUUCCAGAAAAUCAAACACAGAAAAUCACUUUCAAGGAGCUGAUGCCAUGGUACUGGAGAGUGUGAUGUUUGCCAUCCUGGCCGAGAGGGAGCUUGGGCCCAAGCUCUAUGGCAUUUUUCCACAGGGGAGACUGGAACAGUUUGUUCCUAGUCGAAAAUUGUCCACAGAUGAGCUGAGUGUCCCUGGUAUAUUUGAUGAGAUUGCUGAAACGAUCACCAGAUUUCAUGGAAUGAGAAUGCCCUUCAACAAGGAGCCAAAGUGGCUGUUUUGCACCAUGGAAAAGUACAUGGAUCAAGUGCUUCAGCUCACCUUCACCAGGGAGCACCAUCUACGAAACUUCUCCCGCCUUUUGAGCUUCAACUUGCCUCAAGAGAUGGACAGUCUCAAGUGUCUGCUUGAAUCAACUCCCUCUCCUGUUGUUUUCUGCCACAAUGACUUGCAAGAAGGAAACAUCUUGCUUCUGAGUGGCCGUGAGAACACAGACAGACAGAGGCUCAUGUUAAUCGACUUUGAAUACAGCAGCUACAACUACAGAGGAUUUGACAUUGCAAAUUUCUUCUGUGAGUGGACUUAUGACUACACCUAUGACAAGUUUCCAUUUUUCAUCACAAACACCAAAAAUUACCCCACCAAAGCACAGCAGAUGCAUUUCUUUCAGAGUUAUCUUUUGGAAUCUCAUGCUGGAUUUGAAGACUUGAGUGAGGAGGACCAGCUGAAACUCAAAGAGGAUAUGCUAGUGGAAGUUAACAGGUUCGCUCUGGCCUCCCAUUUCUUUUGGGGAUUGUGGUCCGUGAUCCAGGCCAAAAUAUCAACUAUUGAGUUUGGGUACAUGGAGUACGCCAUGGCUAGAUUUGACGCGUACUUUGAGCUGAAAAAGAAGCUCAGGAUUUAAAGAAAACAUGCAUAAAUUCCCAACGGACAGUAGGAAGAGGGAACAGCUGCUCAUAUGGUGUCGAGAAGAGCGGAGCAGAUUUAGAAUAUGCUUAAAAGAGGAAGCUCUGCGUCUGUAGUGAUUCAGCCUGAGCUUCUGGACAGUUGGAGAACAAUACAGAAGAAUAAUGAGCUCACAUGACGAAAACAAAGACUGUAGGUCAGGGGAAAGUAUUUUACGCAGCUGCAAUUUGAUUCAUAAGUCAAAGAAUGGUGUGGUGGAAGGUUCUUGAUGCUAACUUAAGCCUUGUGGUGUUUCUUAUCACCUAGUCAUGUAGUGUUAUCUAGACAACCGGUGAUAGAAGAUGCGCUGUGAAAGAGUAAGGUUCAAAAACUGGACCUGUUACAAGAAGAUGGUACAACAGACCAAACGAUGUUAACACUGUGGUUCUGAUGAUUCAGCAUUGUGUUUGUUUCCAUUUUUUUCAGUGUCCUUUUUACUGGAUGAUUGACCUCUUUUCUACUUCUAUUAGAUCAUGUGUUGUUUGAUGUCUGUUUCUAGAAGAUCUGCAUGAUGUGAAGUGAAAUACCUGUGGGACCGCACCAUCUGCGUGCUCCUUAGGAGAGAGAUAGUAUGAAAUAUGUGUCUUAACAUUGGAAAACCAUGUUUUUGACCAUAGUGAUGUCAUUCACCUUUUGUUAGAGGUUCUUGUUUAUUUGAUAGGAAUUUGAUAUGUUUAAGAUUACCCGUCUGUAUCUGAUUUGAUACUGAAUUGAUAACUGUUAGAUAUUAAUAUAAAACUUUAUUAAACAGUUGAUCCUAAAAUAACAGCCUUUUGUUUUAUAUAACAGUUGCUCUGAUUAAAAUUUCACAGUAAACGUUUAUGAAAGUUUAUUCUACUUUUCUUUUUUAAAAUUGUAUAAUAUUGUUUUAGAACUGAACAAUAUAUACUUAGUUUUGCAUUUUACUUUGUAUAACCUUGAAUUGUGGUAAAAGUAUUGUUUAUUUGUUCAUAUAUUUGAAAUAUUGGUAUAGUAAUACGUUAUUAAGGUAAUAACGGUAAUGUUAAAGGCACUUUCUGAAGCAGUUCUGUGAAAAAGUUUUAUUAAUUGGAAUGUAACAUUUCUAUUUUUCUUACUGAAAUAAUAUAAUUCUUAUGGCCCUCGGUGUACUGGAUCUUUUGGCCCUUGGUAAUAUAUUAUAUUAAAUCAU